CAUGAAACAUGAAGAAAGAAAAAAUAAAAAUAAAAAUCUGUGACAGUUGAAACCCCAAUGAAAGCAGACAGAUUUGUUAAACUGCAUGUGCCAUCUUCUCCCUUUGUAUUUUUCUUACAAAGUCACUCACCUUCUCCUUUUUCUGUGAUACUCCACUUCUUUUUUCAGACUAAAAAAGGUCAGGCACACAUAUACACCAUUUUCAUUUUUUUUCUUUUUCCUGAAGUUAGGCCGCAAAAGAGUUUGGUCCGAAUUUCCUCAAAAUUAUGUCCGUUCAAAAGGCACCAAAACCCAAAAAAUCACCAUCAAAUUAUUUUCUUCUCACUCUAAGACUAUUUUCCCACAUGCGAUGGCGGCUCAUACGCUCUAAGGCCGCCGCUAAAAGGCAGCAAAAACCGGUGGCGCCGGAGGUGGAGACGGCUGAUCAGGAAGAAAAUAGCAAUAAAAUAGGGGAGAAGGGCAUGGAAGUAAUUUCGCAGGGGCACGGCAGUGAUUGGGCUCCGGCGAUGCGAAAGUCCGUGAAGAUGAUCCAUUUCGGGAGCUGGGAGGAAAAGGAGGCGGCGGCGGCGGAGAUUGCGAGGCUGGCGGCGGAGCAGGGGUUGGGGCGGCGGCGAGCCAUGGCGGAGCUCGGAGUGAUUCCGCCGCUGGUGGCCAUGGCCGGAUCUGAGGCGGCGGCGCGUCAGGGGUUGGCCGUACGCGCGUUGAUCGAACUCGCUAAUGGGUCUUACACGAACAAGGCUCUAAUGGUGGAGGCAGGACUCUUAUCAAGAUUACCAAACAACAUAAACGCCUUAGACGAAAAAUCCAAACAAGAACUCGCACAUCUCCUCUCGUCAAUAUCAUCUCUCGCCAAGAGCAAAUUCUCCCUCGACUCGUCGAAAAUCGUUCCCACUCUACUCUCCAUUCUCGAUUCAACAACUUCAUGUUGCAUCAUGACCAAAAAAACGUGCCUAACCGCACUACACAACCUCUCGUCCGUCCUCGAAAACACCGAAAUUUUAAUCUCCCUCGGCAUUGUCGACCGUUUGAUAAACCUAUCGUCCGAUAAAGACACGUCCGAAAAAUCGUUAGCGAUAUUGGGCAACUUGGUCGUGACCUUAGCCGGGAAAAGGUCGAUCGAGCGAAACUCAACAGUGCCCGAGCGGUUCAUAGAGAUCACGAUGUGGGAUGAAAGCCCAAAGUGUCAAGAACUAUCAGCCUAUAUACUAAUGGUGUUGGCCCAUCAAAGCCCGAUGCAGAGGCAGAAGAUGGCCCAGGCAGGGAUUGUUCAGGCGCUUCUCGGGCUGGCUUUGUUGGGAAGCCCGUUGGGCCGAAAGAGGGCCCUCAAGAUACUGCAAUGGUUCAAGGAGGAGCGGCGGGAGAUGAGGGUGGGCCUGCAUUCGGGCCCGCAGGGGGCAGUCGGGCCGGGCCCGGAGGAGGACCUGANAAGGAAGAGAUGAGAAAAAAUUGAGUUGAAUUGGUGUAUAUUUUAUGUGAGGGAAAAGAUUUUGAGGCUUGGAGCAAGGAAAGAGCAUAUAUGUGGAUUUAUUGGUGUGGCAACAUGCAUGUUGGUUGUAUAUAAGGGGCAAAGGGUGUUAAAAUAU